UUGCUAUGUUUACUUUCCGCUGCUGUACUUCACCCAACAGGUAAUAAUCAUUUUAACGCAUAAUUCGGAUCAUUAAUAAUCUUGAAAUAUUUUUAAUUGUAGCGGAAACGAACUAAACGAAGUGUCAGACUCAAGCUAAAGCUAGCUAGCUGGCGUGCUAACGUGCUAGCCUGGCUUAGCUUACGUGUAACUCAGCUGAAUGGACGCUCCAGGCUGCCGGCAUAAUGACACAAUUACUGCAGUUUAAACAGAAAUAAAAACGUCAUUUAAUAGCAGCCGGCCGCUGGCGUGAGCGAGCGGCGCUGCCAUGGCGUCCGGUCCGGGCUCCGCGCCGGCGGGAACCGGCCCCGAGCGGCUCCUCCGGAAGCCCAGGGAAGCGACGGCGCGCUCGCUCCCCGACGUCUGCCCCAAGGAGCCCACAGGCGGGACGCGGGCCCCGGGCGACGCCCCGUCGGUGGUGGCCGACCGGCACCGCUGGACGGUCUACAGCUCCAGGGUGAACCUGCCGGCCGCCCUGAACGACCCGCGCCUGGCCAAGCGCGAGUCCGACUUCUUCACCAAGACCUGGGGGGUGGAUUUCGUGGAGGGAGAGGUGACGCCCUCGUACUGCCUGCCCAACAUCACCGCCGAACACUUCGGCAGAUACCUGCAGGAGACCAAUCAGAGGGAGAAGAUCCACGAGCGCUGUAGGAACAUCUGCCCCACCAAAGACGACCUCUCGCUCCCGAGCAUCACCAACAACUACGAUAAAGCCCGAGAGGAGCUCGAGCAGGUACCCAAGAUCUUCAUGAGGCCGGACUUCGCCCUGGACGACCCGGCGACCUUCGGCGUGGUGCUCCCGUGGUCGCACUUCAGCGUCUCGGGAGGGAAGAGCGGCCGGGACGCCGCGUCGUCACGGUUACUGCAGGAGAAACUGAGUCACUACCUGGACGUGGUGGAGGUGAGCAUCGCGCGGCAGAUCUCGCUCCGCUCCGAGGCCUUCUUCCACGCCGUCUCGUCCCAGCGCCAGCUCCAGGACCGGCUCUCCGAGGCGGCGGGCGCCGUGCGGGACCUGCGGGCGCGCAUGGCCGGCGUGGGCCGGGGCGCCGGCCGGGGCCCGCUGCGGGCGCUCAGGCACUCGCUGGCGCGGCGGAACUGCCUGACGCUGCACGGCAAGCUGAAGCUGAUGGCGGCGGUGCAGCAGACGCAGCCCACCGUGCAGCUCCUGCUGUCCACCUCCGAGUUCGUGGGGGCGCUGGAGCUCAUCAACACCACCAAGGAGGUGCUGCAGCAGGAGCUCCAAGGGGUCCACAGCUUCAGGCAUCUGGGCUCCCAGCUGUGCGAGAUGGAGAAGCUGAUCGAUAAGAUGAUGGUGGCCGACUUCACCACCUACGCCCGGGGUGACCUGAACCGGACCUUCGAGGAGGACAGCCAGGUGCCGGAGAAGGACCGGCUGCAGUCCCUGGUGUUCGGCUUGCUGAGGCAGAGGAAGCUGGAUUUCCUGGACAUCUACAGCCAGGAGAUGCUGCAGGCGGCCAAGGGCAUCGUCCGCGAGUGUGUGAUCCGCUCGGCGUCUCAGGUGGAGGAGAUCGACACGGACGGCGUGGUGAAGCUGCAGGAUCAGAUGAGGAUGAUGACGUUCCCUCAGUGGUUCGACCUGCUGCAGAACGUCUUCGAGCACUUCCUGCUCUUCCUCACCAGGAUCAAGGCCACCCUCGGCGCGAUCCGUAACGUGGUCCUGGAGCUGCUGGACAGCGGUCAGAGGGGCCGAGCGGCCGCUCCCGCGGAGAACGGAGACGACCGGGAGGAGGCGGCGGAGGAGGAGACGCCCCUCCGGCCCGGGGAGGCGGAGCUGGCGGUCCUGACGCACGAGGGGCUCUUCAUCAGCGACGCCCUGAGCGGGUCAGGACGGGCCGCGCCCAGCGGGGACGACCCCUCCGGGAGCGACUCGGCGUCCGGGACCACCGAGUCGUCGUCCAGCAGGGAGCACGUCGUCACCUCCUCCCUGCCCACGGGGGGCGCUGCCGCCGCACUGGAAGAUCUGAUGCCGUCUGAUCUGGAACUGGGCCGAGUGGCCAACAACGUCCAGGAGCUUCUGUACGCCGCCUCGGACAUCAGCCACGAUCGCUGUGUGAAGGUCCUGCUGGCUAAAGCCAAGGACGGCUCUCUGGAGCGCCUGAGCUCGGCCGAGUUCGUGCGGGUGAGUCGGGCGGUGGAGGCCUUCGCCAAGGACACCGAGGCCCUGUGCUGCAGGAAGAGCGUCAGCCUGCAGGGGGCGCUGCAGAGCCAGGCCAACCGCUUCGUCCAGCGGUUCCACGAGGAGCGCAAGAACAAGCUCAGUCUGCUGCUGGACACCGAGCGCUGGAAGCAGGCCGAGGUUCCGGCAGAGUUCCAGUUCCUGGUGGACACCAUCGCGGACGGACGCAUCGUGCUGCCCCAUCGCAAAUCCGCAGGUACGGAGGACAGGAAGCCGAGUGACUUCCUGGUGGUGGACGAGCAGAAGUACGCCGUGAUAGGGACGGUGCUGCUGCUAAUCCGGAUGUUCCUGGAAUACUGCCAGUGUGUGAACGACAUCCCGUCCAUCGCCACCGACAUGCUGACGCGCCUCUCCGACCUCCUCAAGCACUUCAACUCGCGGAGCUGUCAGCUGGUGCUCGGCGCCGGGGCCCUGCAGGUGGUGGGACUGAAGACCAUCACCACCAAGAACCUAGCUCUGGUGUCUCGCUGCCUGCAGCUGGUCGUUCACUACAUCCCGGUCAUCCGCGCCCACUUCGAGACCAAACUGCAGCCCAAGCAGUACAGCAUCCUGCGCCACUUCCACCACAUCACCAAGGACUACAACGACCACAUCGCCGAGAUCUCGGCCAAGCUGGUGGCCAUCAUGGACGGUCUCUUCGAGAAAGCAUUAACCAAGUAUGAAGUGAAGGCCCCGAUGCCGUCGCUCUGUUUCCGGAACAUUUGCAAGCAGAUGGCCAAAAUGCACGAGGCCAUCUCCGAGCUUCUACCCGAGGAACAAACCCAGAUGCUGUUCUUGAGGAUCAACGGCAGCUUUAAGCUCCACCUGAAGAGGCAGCUGGCACGGCUGGGCGUGGUCAACGACGGCGGCCCGCAGCACGGGUUGAUGGUGGUGGACGUGGCCUUCUACACGGAGAACAUCCAGGCUCUUCGCUCCCUCGAGCGCUUGGACUUGAACAUGCCCGAGAUCUGGGAGCAGAAGAGGUGAUGACGGACCGCCGGGCUGACCGGUCGCCAUGACGACACUCACUCGGGUCAGGGACCACACGUCGUCCUCGGGAGGCGUGGCCUCGGUUUCCGGUCGACCGAUCGGGAUGGGCGUAUUGGAUUUGAAGCUCGGUGCCUCCUCGUGUGCUGUGGGUUCAGCACGGAUCUUCACUCGUGUGCAAUUCUGUCCCAUCAUUAUUAUUAUGAUUAUUAUUGAUACUGUUUAAUGAAACUGAGUAAAUUAUGAUUGAUUUUUUCGUUUGAUGUUUGUAUAUAAAGGUAUUUUUCGGGGCGCGAUCAAGAAAUAAUAAAACGAUUAUUACUUA